AUGGAGCGUUGUCAAUCCCAUUUCACUCUUCUCUUGAUUAUCUACAAUUAUGUGGGGAGCAGAUCUGUUGGUGGUGCCAAUGAAGCAGCGAAGGCAGGAAUUCCAUUGGAUCACUACCAAGAUACUUCUCAAAUUAAUUUUGCAUUCAACGAUGCUGAUAUUAUUGAAGAAAGAACAAUUAUUUCUGUAAUUGGGCGUCAGAGAUUGCAAGGGAAGGAAUCUGUAAUUCAAGAGAAGAAUACACUCAACGCUGCUGAGAAACUUGUAUUCAUUGUCACAGAGAAACAAUACAAAAGUGGUCUAAAAGGUUCAAUUCCAGUUUUAAUUAAAUCUUUCAACUGGAUGGAAACUGUAGAAGAGAUUGAAAACCUAUGUUUAGGUGAUGCGGAGGUAUUUAGAAGACCAUCUAUAGGCCAUGCAGGUCCAAUGGGAGGCGACUUCCCACUAAUCACUAGAGAAGGGCAUACUGUUCUUGAUGUUAUAUUUACGUUGCCAAUACUAAACCUUGUUGAAGUAGCCAACACUCUUGAAAAUAUUGAUGGGGUCGUAAACCAUGGAGUCAUUUCUAAGAUCCCGCAAGUUCCAAGUUGCCUUAUGACCUUCUUCUGUUUUUGCAUGGAUGACAUUUGUUUAUGCUUGAUGGAUAGAUAA